AAGAAAGACAGUGACUUUUUUGGCGUUUCUUUUCAUCAAACAGCUAAAUUUGGUGCCAAUGCUAUUCUGGGCGUGUCCCUGGCUGUCUGCAAAGCUGGUGCUGCAGAGAAAGGAGUCCCCCUGUAUCGCCACAUCGCUGACCUGGCAGGAAACCCUGAAGUCAUCCUCCCAGUCCCAGCGUUCAACGUGAUCAACGGCGGCUCUCACGCAGGGAAUAAACUUGCCAUGCAGGAGUUCAUGAUCCUGCCGAUUGGUGCCAGCACUUUCAAAGACGCCAUGCGCAUCGGAGCUGAAGUCUAUCACAACCUCAAAAAUGUCAUCAAGAAGAAGUACGGACAGGAUGCUACGAACGUGGGGGAUGAAGGGGGUUUUGCCCCAAACAUUCUGGAAAAUAAGGAGGCUCUGGAGCUUCUGAACGAAGCCAUUGCCAAAGCGGGGUACACGGAGGAGGUCGUGAUCGGCAUGGACGUGGCUGCGUCCGAGUUCUACAGGGACGGAAAAUACGACCUGGACUUCAAGUCGCCUGAUGACCCAAGCCGCUACAUCACCCCCGACGAGCUGGCCGAUCUCUAUAAGAGUUUUAUCAAAGAUUAUCCAGGUAUGCCUCUACUUUUAUAAUUGUUCAUUUUUUUG